GGCGUUAACCAUUUACACCCGGUUUUGCAUCGUUAACGUCGCUUUGCAUGGUUUGUUGGCUAUUGAACCAUGGAUGUAAAACACAACUUAUAAUAGUGUAAAUAGCAUCCCCAAAAAUGGAUAUAAAAUUAUUGGGUAGAGUGUUGGUGUUUGUGGCUAUAAUUGGUUGUUUUGGAACAGCACGUGCACAAACAGUGAAGUAUUACUGCCUACCAUCUCAGACUACCGGUAAUGAGUUCAAGUUUGUUGUACGUCUAAGGACAGAUGGUAAUACCGCUGUUACCGGUAUCACCGCAGUGGACGCUAACGUCAACCCAACAACUGGCAGCACUCCGACAGCUUCCAGCUGUUUGACAACCACAGAAGAAAGUACUGGUAUCUACGCCCUUACUGGUGAUAUAGAUGUUAAUGCGCUGUCUUGUGGGAUAGUUUCGGCAGGAGGGAGUGUUUAUAACAUACAGAUUUUUGCAGCCGGGACUUUGAAAUAUUUCACUUUUUCCUGUGACACGACCAAUCUUCUUCCUACUUCCAUCUCUUUGACCAACAGUUUCUCUACCACGGGAGUGACCAAUGUACUUCAUCACAGAGAAAAUCCGUACGGUGUAAAGUUCCACGUGUUUGAAGCAGACGAAAGUUUCGCGCCAGCCAGAUCCGUGUCUUUGGGACAAAAUGUUAUACUGAGGAUGAUUUAUGACACAGGACAUUUAGAAAAUGGUCCAGACAAUUGGGGAAUGGUGUUUCAUACAGGCUUUAUCAGGCACACGGGUUCAGACCUGAUCUUGCAGAUUGUGACGCCAGGGUUUGGCACCAAUGUUCACAUCACAGGGAAUCUUGCCGGAAAUACCAUCGACCAAUGGGUCACCGUCAAGCGUGACAGCUGGGUUGAAUUUGAAAUCACAGCUUCGGAAUACCAGGCAUCGACAGCCACAACAACAUCCUGGACAACGGCAAAUCGAGGUUUAAAAAUCGAGUCCAGAGAUGACCGUAUUGGCGUAUAUCUCAAGGCUAGUAAAACAAACGAUGCUGACCAGCUUGUUGUGUACCCUGAUGAUAUUCUCGGCAAGUCGUACAGACCAUUCACCUCUGCUGCAGGUGCAGCCGACAGCGGCCUAGAAGUACUCGUUGUUGGAACACAGGCAUCUACAGUAACCAUUAAAUAUAAUGGAUUCAACAUUCCUGGAGGUUUCAAAGUUGCUGGCAAUGCUGUACUUCCUCCCUCCACAGACGUAACCCUGAAUGAAUACGAUGUGCUACAUAUACUGUGUGAUACGUCCUGCGGUGAUCUUCAGAUCACAAGCACAGAGAAUAUUGCUGUUGUUUCGGGAUGGGAUAACCAAGGACAUAAAGACAACACCGGUGUCACGGGUCACUCUUCAGCUCAGGUGCUUCCGGUAAAUUAUUACAGCACUAAGUAUGUAUUAGUUGAGUCGCCAUUUGGUAAAACUGGGUUCCACGUUCAGAACGAAGACCCUACUGAUACUACGUUGAGUCUCACAGAUAAAACAAGAACCAGUACGGCGGUCGGUUCACCUUACUACCUAGACUGGAAUACGCAAGGACAAUCUGAGGCGGUGUUCAACAAACCAGUGUCACUGUAUAUGCACAGUGCAGAUGGAGCAUCAUUGACACCGGCACUAGUUCAGUACCCUUCUAUAUCACAGUGGAGUAUCUACAAUUCGUUUCCAGUGAAAGAGGGCAUAUCAUACCACAUUACCAUAGUUACAACCAAAGAUGAUACUGCGGGUAUUAAAGUGUCUACAGGGGGGAUAACUACAGGAAUCACAGCUUCUACUCUCGGUGCAGUUCCCGGGUUUUCAGUAACUGAUGUUUCACAAUUAUCAACGGCGGUUGGGGGUACCGCCAAUUACGAAAUCUACAAUAACAAUGGGGGAUUCAAUGUUGUGGGCCAACAUCCUGCACGUAUAGAGACCGGACUUGUAGAACUUACAGCGAGUGAUACGUCAAAACCAUUCAUGUUGCUUGUUUAUGAAAGCGACGGCAACUCACAGACACUUCAUCUUCCACUUGGAGUGCGAUACCCGCCAACUAAUCCAUGCAAUCCGACGAAAACUAAACCGGGGGAUAAUGUUGACAACGACUGUGACGGGUUGGUCGAUGAGGAGAUACCCAAUGGCGUCGACGACGACGGGAAUAAUAAUGCCGACGAGGACCUAGCUCUGAAUACUAUCACAGCGGGAUUUCGCGGGAUAUACGUGAAGGAUUUACUGGUUGACGAUAAUCCUGCAUUUUCCUCUCCGACAACAAUACAUACAUCCGGAUGCAACAUUAUUACGCCCAGUUCAAAUAUACUUAGUACUGUACAACCGUUCACAAAGAACACUGCGCUUAGUAGUGUGUUCAGUAAUUACUGGGUCAUAGAAACGGCUUCUUUCGAUGCUUUCAAAUAUGUCGGCAAAGAUACUGUCUACUUCCGAGUCACCUUUGACUUCUGUGUGGCCGACUUAACAUUGUGCGAAAAUUCUUGUCAAGCGAGCUCAGGUAAGCGGAAACGUUCAACCACCAGUGACGAUGACAAGUUUGUAGAUCUAAUGGUAGAAAUUCGUGGAAAUAAGACCGAGGUUCAUAUUGUAGAUUCUAACGUCAAUGACGUUAUGGCUGCCAGACAGAAAGAUAAGGAGAAUAAGGCGACCAGUGGAUACCCGUGUACAAACAGCUAUGUCUUCUGGGUGCCUGUUGCCCUGCUAUUGACCAUCAUUAUGUUCGAGACAGCCAUGGUGGUAAUAUUUCUACAUACGAGAUCAAAGCACAAGAAUGACAUAUAAUAGGCGAGAGUUUUUGGAGGCAAAAACAUCUGCAUUGUACUUAAUGAAUAGUCUUGUAUAUACUGUAAUUAAACAGAAAUUGUAAACUUAUAGAUUGGUCGUGGCCAAAUCAAAGAUUAUAUAAUGUAUAUUCUAAUAUGUAUUUUUCAAUUCAGACUAUUAAAAUGAAAAAGUGAUACAAGGGUUAAAUGUCUGUAGUUCCUGCUAGGUUUGUUUCCUUUCUUGUAUCAUCAUAUAUGACAAUAUUCUAGUGUAUUUGCUCAGCAAAACGGAAUCUCCUGAAGGAAUCGAGUUUUUACUGAAACAAGGCCAAGAAUGAUUAAAAGAAACAAUUGCUUUCAUUUAUCAUAAAAUUAUCUGUUUUUAAAACAACUGCAUGUAUUCUUUCAAAAGGAUUUUGAAAAUAAGAAGUAUGCUUUUUACUUUAAUUAUACUCGUACAUCCAUUAAAAGAUCGAUUUAUGUCAGAUUUCAAGCAAUCUGAAUUGAGCUUAUAUAACGAUAUUACCGGAAAUAUCUCUCUUAAUUGAUGCCAUUGUCAGCUUACACAAAGUAAAUGUCUGUCGGUGUUCUUUUGGCAAUCAUUGUACUUUGGAGACAGGAUAGUUUAAGAAUGUGCAUAUUAGAGUGAUUUGUGCAUGCAUGGUAACAUUGCAAUCUAUAAACAUUCCGGCAUAUUUAAUUGAAUUUAAUUGCUUGCAUAAAAGUGUCUAAAAGGUUCACAUCUUAAAAGUCACUUUAUGCAAACAAUCAGUUUUAAUAAACAAAUAUAAUGUAUUUCAAUAAAUAGAUUUGACACUUACACAAUUUUUAAACAAAUUUAUUUACAAAUAUAAAAAGAAAUAAAGUGUGAGAAAAAAAAAGGCGUUUGCGUUUGUGAUUUCUGGGUGGCGAUAAAUUGUAAAGGAAUAGUUACUUUUCAAGAACGAAGAUCACUUAAAAACAGACCGAUGUAGCAGUGUAUUCAGGGUGUGAAAUAGCCACUUCUUACGUUAAAACGUAUGGACAAAAUUAAACACAUGCACAAAGAGGACAUAACAAAUAA